UCAGGACGCGACAGCCAGCUCAGUGCGCAGUUGUUAGUUUGGUUAGGAGCUGUUGUUAUUUUCCUCCGCGGAGUUUUUAAUAAAAACACAGAUUAAUACAUCAGCUGUAGACACGCAGAGCUCAGGACCAGGACCCAGCUGCCUGUGACCCAGCUCAGACCGCUGUCCGGCUCCGUGUCGCAGUCUGUCAGUUAGUUUGUUUGUAGAUCUGUCAGGAGCUAACUGACUGUUAGCAUCGUUAGCUGAGAUUAGCUGUAGUGGUGUGUUCGGUUGUGUGAUGGAGUAUCCCGGAGGAGGAGGAGGAGGGGCGGUGCUAGGCGGUGGGAACGUCCCGGCCUUCCUCACCAAACUGUGGACCCUGGUGGAGGACCCGGACACCGACCCGCUCAUCUGCUGGAGCCCGAGUGGAACCAGUUUCCAUGUGUUUGAUCAGGGUCGGUUCUCUAAAGAAGUUCUACCGAAGUUCUUCAAACACAACAACAUGGCCAGCUUCAUCAGACAACUCAACAUGUAUGGGUUCCGUAAGGUGGUGCACAUCGAGCAGGGCGGUUUGGUGAAACCAGAGAGAGACGACACAGAAUUCCAACAUCCGUUCUUCAUCAGAGGACAAGAACACCUGCUGGAGAACAUCAAACGCAAAGUCACCAACGUGUCAUCUGUGCGUCAGGAAGAAGUGAAGAUGUCUCCAGAUGACGUGAACAAGAUCCUGAACGACGUCCAGCUGAUGAAGGGAAAACAGGAAACCAUCGACUCCAGAAUCAUCGCCAUGAAACAUGAGAAUGAAGCUCUGUGGAGAGAGGUGGCCAGUCUGAGACAGAAACAUGUCCAGCAACAGAAAGUCGUCAACAAGUUGAUCCAGUUCCUGGUGUCUCUGGUCCAGUCCAACAGGAUCCUGGGAGUCAAGAGGAAGAUUCCUCUGAUGCUGAAUGACUCUAGCUCCGCCCACUCCAUGCCUAAAUACAGCCGGCCGUUCUCAUUAGAGCACAUGCAGGCUGCAGCCAGUCUCUUCUCAGCCGACUCCCCGGUGACCUCCGGACCAAUCAUCUCUGACGUCACAAAUGUGGCCACGCCCACAGCUGAGACUUUGGUCAGUGAUUGGACCAUUGCAGGAGAGAGCCAAUCAUUGAAUGUCAAAGAGGAGCCGUCCAGUCCCGUUCUGGAGGGCGGAGAUACCCCUGUAGACACGCCCCUCUCGCCCACCACCUUCUUCAACGCCAUCUUACAGGAAAACGAGUCACUGCCGACCCUGAACACCUCUACUACCAACCCUAGACCAGCCAGUCCAUUUGUUGUGAUGAGCCCUGCAUCCACUGGGCCCCUUCCACCAGCCCCAGCCAGCCAAUCGCCUGUCUCCAUUCCCACCCCAAAUUCCGCCCACAGCCAUGCCAAACCUCAGCAGAAAUGUCAGACAAUCGCCUGUUUUGACCGACCCCGUCCCCCUCCCUCUGCAGGUGGACUCUCACCUGACGUUUGGCGCUUCGUAUCAACACGAGCUGACAAGUCUGAACUGUCCAAUCAUGUCGACAGUAUCGACAACAGUCUAGAAAACCUGCAGAGCAUCCUGAACACACAAUCCUUCACCUUCGACACCUCCCCGCUCAUGGAUUUUUUCAGUUCAUCGUGUUCCUCUGGAGACUUCGACCUCGACAGUUUGGACAAUCUGCUGUCUGAAGAUGUCGCCAACGGAAGUGAGGAAAGCAGCAACACCAUCAACACAGGGAAGCAGCUGGUGCAGUACAACGCCACACCUGUCUUGAUGUCUGAACCAAUCAGCUCCGGGGAUGGCGGGGCCGACCUUCCCUCCCUGCUGGAGCUGGAGGCGGAGCCUUUCUUCAGCUCUGACCCGCCCACCGAUGACCCGGCCGCAUCCCUGCUAGAACACGCCCACCUGGACCUUGACCUCUGACAUCAUCAGGAGAGGGAGGGGCGUCACCGUGGCAACAGGACAGUGUGAGCGCUGACUCAGCAUCAGCAAUAGAUGACUACGGAAUCAAUCGAUCAGCUGUAGAUCAAUCAAUAGGUCAAAGUUCACGUUUUUAUUAUGCAGAUUGAUAUUAACCAGUUUAUAUACCUGUGUCUUCUUCUACUCUUUUUACUUUUGGUUUUUCUUCUUCGCUGCUUAAAUUAAAACGUUUGUUUGACGCUCGCUGUUCUCAGAGAACCAAUCAGAACGUGGAUCAUGUGACCCAGGUGUGAAGGUGGAUCAUGUGACCCAGGUGUUCUCUGUGCUCUGCAUGUUUACGUCUUUGUUUUCAUGUGUCAAAUAUAUGAAAUGAAGAGAAUCAGAAUAUUUUUGGACAGUUUAUAAUGAAUGAGAAACGUAUAUUAGAGCUGCAGUGAUGUGUUCCGUUGGAUCGGUACCAGGUGUGAUCCGUCAGUUCAGGGCCCUGGUUCGGAGACCCGGAUCAGUUCAGCACAUGAGAGGAGUGAAACUCAUCUGAACUCAAAGAGUUCAGGAUCAGGGUUAGUUAACAGGGUCCUGGUCCUGGUCUCAGGAUGAGUCCACUCAGAGUUCAGGAUCAGAGUUAGUUAAUAGAGUCCUGGUCUUGGUCCUGGUCUUGGUCCUGGUCAUGAGUCUUCUCUGCUGGUUUGUUUGGUGGAAUCAAUAAAAACUGAGUUCACAAG